AUGGGCGAUAACGGCAAUCCGAACAUGGCUGCUCAGUUGCAGCAGCUUCAGCAGCAGAUCGAGCAGAUGCGGAAGGCUCAACAAGAUCGAGAACCGCAACCUCGUCCUGCUAUUGGAGACAAGGACAAUCCGCAUACCUUCUAUCAAAACCGGUCUGCGAUUGUCCCUCCAAACGUCCAGAGGCAAGACUUUGAGAUCAAGCUAGGCAUGAUCAAACUAGUCAAGGAUCACAUCUUCCAUGGACUUCCUGCUGAGAUCCCUGCGGACCAUAUCCAGAACUUUGAGGAGAUAUGCAGUACGACUGGUUCGAAUGGAGUACCGGCUGACUUUCUGAAGUGCAAGCUAUUCCCGUUCUCACUUGCCAACAAAGCAUCUCGCUGGCUGAAGUCAUUACCACCUGGUUCUCUGACUUCAUGGGACCAAGUUAGAGCAGCUUUCCUGGACCACUUCUACACGAAGUCCAAGAAGUGGAGGCUAUCAAUGCUUUCCUUGAUAUUGGGCUUCUCAAUGCCUAGCCAACCCUUUCCCAAGGUGAGGCUAUCAACCAAGGAAUGA